AUGGUUCACAACGCAGGCGUCUGCUUCGCAGCAGUGCUGCCGUACGUGCGGUCCGAGAGGAAGGAAGUGUUGCUGAUCAGCAAUUCCAAGCUGUUCGGCCUCGAGUACCUGGAGCAUUGCGCGGACCACAUUCGGUCCUUCCUUGGCCCCGCGUUGCAGUCCUACAUUCUUUUUGUUCCUUACGCCCUGAAGGACCGCGACGGGUAUGCCGCAAAGGCCCGAGAGGCGUUCGAGAGGAUGGGUUACCAGCUGCGCUCGCUGCAUGAGUUCCAGCCGCGCGAACGGGCGGAGGGAGUCUGCAAGGCUUCGGCCGUGUUUGUGGGUGGCGGGAACACUUUCAGGCUCCUGAGUUGCUUGUACGCGGACGGGGUCAUGCCGAUCAUCAAAGAUCGCGUGGAGGCUGGGCAGCUGAAGUAUAUCGGGUCGAGCGCAGGAACCAAUGUCGCGUGUCCAACGAUCCGAAACACCAACGACAUGCCCAUCGUCUGCCCCCCGUCCUUCGCCGGCAUGUGUUUGGUGCCGUUCCAGAUCAACACACACUACAUAGACAAGGAGCGCGAGGUGAAACACCACAUGGGCGAAACCCGCGAGACCAGGAUCACCGAGUUCACCGAGGAUCAGGGGCCACGAGAGCGAGGUAUAGAGGCUCAGGGGGGGGGGGGGGGCAUCGACCCCCAGUCGCCCUCUCAUCGCCGCUCGGGGCCCGGGUGUCCCACCCCGCCGGGGGACGUGUCGCGAACUGGUCGAGGGCACAUCCCCGCUCCGACGACGAUGCACUGCCGAUCCCAGGCCCCCGUUUUUCGGGGGUGGACAGAACCCUCACCCCUGACACGUCGAUUAGAGAAUUGCCCGUUUUCGGUUCUCGAGAGAGCGCCGCAGCCGUCAUUUUCCAGGCUUGCGCCCGCCAGUUUUGUGCCCGAGGUCGUUUUCCCGGAACCACGUUUUGCCAAAGUGGGUUCUGUCCAUCCCCGCGUUUCCCCCCCCCCCCCCCCAUGA